CAAGCAAAAUGCUUUUAGUUCUCACACUAUUUGUUGGUCAAUGGUUAAUCGUUUCUUGCAAUGAAUUGCUUCCAGUACUAAGACUAAAUGUGCCCAACCGAGUAGCGGGUGACCCGUGCGAGUGCAGUAUGGAGACCGGGAGGUCGCACUUGCAGAAGCUGACGGACAUAAAGCAACACGACGACGCUAUUGAACUUAACACGGAGUCUGAGAGCCACUUCCACGCCCCAGAAGCCACACCAGAGCCCAUGAAGAGUCUACAAUCAAUUUUGUUAGAUUAUUUGUUUGGCCGUAAAACGGAAGACGGUGGACAUGAUACAGCAGAGGAGGAAUUAGAUGAAUUUGAAAGUGAUUCUACAAAUUACAACCAGUACCCCACAGGACGUUUACUACACAGUGAAAUGUUUCUAAACAAGUCCGGCGUUCACCUGCCGCCGCCCGACCUGCUGCACACGGGGUACUGCCGGCUGCGGCUCACGCCCGACUACCUGCAGACGGCCGUGGAUGCCUUCGCCAUCAUACUCGAGGGCACCCUGGCAGACGUGCGACUCUUGCCCAGCGACUAUGUGCUACGCUCUGCACGCACAAUUUCCAUCAUGAAACUACCGCAGGAGAAGUUGAGAACCAUGUGGGACGUCGUCUUAAACGGACGGCAGCCCCGCGAGAUCACAUACAAGACUUUAGAGGUUUACAGGCCUCUUUUCAAGUAUCUCAGUGGGCAGCAAAUGGCGGAGCUAAACUUGAGCGAUCCCAGGAUUGUUAGCUAUAUAGGGACCCAUCCUGAACUUACCAGGCAUCAGAUGGGCGUUGUAGCAAGUAAAUAUAUUAAAAUCAAUCCGUACUGGCGUAAAAUAGCAUCAUUAAACAACAUGAAUAACUUACUAUGUGGAGUGCCGAUGACUUUUAUGAGAAAACUCGAUGGCGCUGAAUACCUUAAGUUGGAGCAUCAGGUGUUUUAUCACAUACGAGCUUGUGACCCCCUUCAAAAGCGAUUCUACUUGAACAUGAUGACUAGAACUCAGGCGCUAGGAAAAUCGUACAGCUGGAGCGCGAGAGACGUGUCACGCCUCGGCCUGCUGCUCGCCGAGGUGGAGGGCUCGGCGCUCGCCAACAUCAGCCCUGAGGCCAUGGCGGGGGUCUCUGCUCACGUAAUGGCUGAAAUGAAGCCGGAAAAUUUAAAACACCUGCGAGAUAUGCAAAUAAAGCACUUGAAACGAAAAGCAAGAAAUAUAAUGGCUCGGAAACUUAAAGAGUACGACAUUCUGAUGGCAGACGCGGCUUGUAAAGUCAAGACAAAUAUAUUUCUUAGAUUAAUAUUUGUUUUUACAGUAAAAAUUAGUUUGUAAAAGAAUAAUAUAAAUUUAUCACAGCGGAUUUAAAGUUCUCAUUUAUAUAAAGAGUCAGCCAUUUUGAGAGCUUUAAGCGAAGGUAUGUGAAAUUCGUAGCUCCCGUUUUCUCCAGGUCGG